UAAAUCCUUCUGUAACGCCGUGGAACCCAAACAACCGUAGAGGACACAGAAAUCUGCGGCCGAGAUCCUUCCUUUGUGGAGAACCAUCGGAAACCACACCGUCAAGUAGAAAGGUGCAAGAUUCUGCAAGGAUCAGUUGCGCGAACGAUCGAUUUUGGUUCCUUAAAGCCGGCAAGAUCUUCUGUACAGCGGAAACACACAGAUUGCACCUAAUCGGAACAGCUCAUAUCCGGAACAUCCGCGUCACUGCAAUAAAACAAGUCGCGGUGUUGUGUCUAGCAGUCUAUGAGCAAAGUUAUCAGUUAAUUACGAUCAGGCCCAACAAGUUUAACGACGUUCUCUUGCGAAGGCUAGCGGCUUCCACGAGUGGCAGCAUUACAGGACAAACAAUGCUAGAAAAGCACCCAGCAAAUGCAGUGAAAUUAACAGAAAAUUGGGACAUGUGGUCAUAGCACCCGGUUUCAAAGAUAGCAGAGGGCCACAUUCUCAAGCAUCCUUUGCAAGCUAUCCCAGGAAGCUGAGACCAAGAGCCAAGACUGGGAUUAAUCCCCAAGAAUGAGCAACUACGAUGCUGAAAUUCCGAAAAGCCUACACAACCAGUUAAUUUUCAGUGAAAAGUUACACCUUGACCGACGAACAGCCGUGGUGUAUGGAGUGACGAAAGAUUUGCGGCUGCUGGAACUGCAGCAGAAAAAUGUGAACGGCUCCGUUUAUCUUGGACCUACGAUACCAACCACAUCUGUGGCAUUUUUCGAGGAUACCUCGUUGGAGAUGGAAACAGCGUACGGUGAAUCGCCAGAUAGGGAGCAACGGCCGCGCACCAUCAAAAUCAAACAAUUCUGUGCAAACGAUGGUACGACGAGAACGCGCUUCAUUCUUGUGCAGCUCGAUCGUACGUUGGUGGUGGUGGAGCGAAACGAUCCGCAAAGAUUGAUCCGCGGUGCUGGCUCUGAAUCGCUCGUGAUACACUCACGGUACGAAAGUUUUCGACAGCUUUCAUUCGUCGAUCACCCGCAUCGUUCCGGUGCCUGCGCGGUGCGCAUCGAACUGGAGCAGCAGCAUCGCGGUGAACCCAUCGUUACGGAUUUUCUAGGAGGCCCGGUUGCUGCGGGUGCCGAACCGGAAGCCAAACUUGCCUGCUUCGAUGAAGUGUUGAAAAUGCUACAGCAGCACACUGCCGAACGGAAGGUACAGCUUCGGAUGGUUCAGCUCACAGUAAGCCAGCUGUUCAACGACAUCAACCAGCCACUGAAAAUCGUCCCAGAAACGUUGCGCUGCUCGGAUCCUGAGGGCACGGUUCCGCUGGUGCGAUACGGUGAAGUUUGGAAGCGAAUACACAACGAUCGGCUGGUGAUCGGUGUGCCACUGUACAACUGCACCUACGAAAGACGUUUAAUAUUGAAGAACCUCUCACUCGUAAUGCUUAGUAGAGAUCUUAAGCAUCUCGAUUACACCAGCCGGUUUUAUCAAAUAAAAGAUGACGAUUUCGAAUUCAAAUCGUACGAUGAAUUCAUGGAGAUGGAAGAUACGAUUGAACGAUCGCUGUCUUUUGGCAUGGAGUGGAUUGCUGAGAAGAUCAACGUUUUACACCCCGAGCAAACCGGAGUACAUGUGGCUUGUUUCGAGCUAUCAUCACUGCUGCGCCAUGGUCCCAAUGUUUGCCUCGAUUGCUACGUUACGUACAACGUGGCUACCAUCGGAAACGAGUGCGUAGAGCUACAGCUAAACGUUGGACCGCUAACCUUACCGCGUACGCAGCUCUACAGCGCCGCCCUUUCGAUACAGCUGUUCAGCGAAGGGGAAACAUAUCGCGAUUUACUGACCAUUACUUGCACAUCCGAACAACUGGCAAUAGAAAUCACUUACAAGUCUGACCACAUCGGCGUUGGCUUAAAAGACUUUUUUGUCGGUAGAUUAGGGUUUGCCGAAGUGCUAUCAAGCGUGGAAGAUCGGAGUUUACUAUAUUGCGGCGAUAAUUCGUACUGGCAGGGUACGCUGAUAAGGUUGGAUCGAUUGAUUGGGCAGCGAAUGAAGGCGAAACUAUACUGCAGAUUAGUUCAUCAACUGGCCACACUAGUUCAAUCGAUUUAUUCGGACUAUGAAGAAAUCUGUUCAGUGCGGCUCUGCGCUUCCAACGAGAACGGUACCGCAUCUGAACUGAAACAACGCCUAUUAGAAGAACUUAGUGCGAAACUAGAGCAACCAACCAACGAGGACGAACAUAGGCGGAGAGAGUUCUGCACGGAUAUCAUUUAUUGCUCGUUGUCACCGAUAGCCCCGGUCCGCGAUGAUAGUGACACUAGUUAACACUAACCAAAUCUUGCCCAUCACCAUUUCCACGAUUGUCGAUGCCAACGUGAACUCCAACCAGCGGGGGAUUGCGUCUCGGCAGCGACGGUGCUCCUGGCUGGGGUACCUCCGCCUCAGCUUCGAGCGUCAGAUAGGGCUCGGGAUCCUUGGCAUGCUCGGCAUCCUUCAGGAUAUCGACGUAGAUGGAAACCGCUGGAUUCUCGUUGUCCGGAAUGUAGUGUGAGUUGCGCGACACAAUACUGUCAGCAUCGGGAGCCAGCAUCGUUUUGUUAAUGUCGGACAGUAACGGACCGGCAUUCGCUGCGACCAGUACAGCCACAAGAACCGUCGCUAACAGGAGCGUUCUAGCCAUUUUCUUUAUACCUUUUGUAUUGUAGGGAGGGAAAAACGUUCAAAUACCUGGCACUAACAAUCUGAGUGAAGUGUAAAUUAGAAAAACGGGUCCGCCCGUUUGGAAGGCCUUCUUAUAAGCACGGCGAGCGUUGUAAAAAGAUGACUUCUUAUCUUUUUAUUGGGUGUCUAUGGUAUUUUUGGAUGCACAAGUUCGAUAGAUAGCCAGGGUAAUCUUGCGCCACGAUUCCCAAGCGCAUUUCGCCCAAUUGUAGCGCGGGCAAAGCAAUUGUAAAUACAUUCCAUUUCAUUGAGGGAUAGAUUAAUGUUAGGAAAUACAUUUAAUUCAAAUAGCAGCAACUGUAAGCAAUGAAACGACUGAUAUUUCAUGUUUUAAUGUACAUCUGUCCGAUUAUCUGUAUUAAUUACGUUGAAUGAUGAUGAUUGGUAUGAUUGGAA